UCUCGGUUCAUUCAUUUCUCAAAUCCCACAGUUCUUGUCUUCCUUUGAGUGUGUCUAAGUAUAGUGCUAAAAAUGGCAGGAAUUCAUGGGAGAAUAGUCUUGUUCAUGUUUCUUGCAACAUUCAUGUGGUUUAAUGCCCAAAAUGCAUUUGUGAGUUGUGCUUUAACAUCUCAAUUACAAAGCAAAAUUGCUAAAAUCAACCAAGAGGGUCCUUAUUUGGGUUUAAUCAUACCUAACUCUUUUGAACUUAACCCUCUUCUUCAAAAUCCAGGCUAUACCGCUAGUGACGAAAUCAUAGAUUUUGCAGGAAGGAGAUUUCGUUUUGGAUCCAUUGGGGACAAACCUGUUGUAUUGGUCAUGACUGGAUUGAGUGUGAUAAAUGCAGCAAUAACAACACAGCUUCUGCUAAGCUUUUUCAAUAUAGAUGGAGUUGUUCAUUAUGGUAUUGCUGGAAAUGCAAACCCUUCAUUGCAUAUUGGAGAUGUUGCUAUUCCUCGUUACUGGUCUCAUUUGGCACUUUGGAGCUGGCAGAGAUAUGGACAAGGGGCUGCUGAUACAUUGCCCUUAGAAAACAAUGGAGACUAUACAAGGGAGAUAGGGUUCAUCAAAUUUUCAGAUUUCACUUCAAACAUAAGUGCUGCCGACAGUGUCACAGUUGAUAACCAUCUCAACAAUCUUUGGUAUCAACCAGAAGAGAUUUUUCCAGUUGAUGGCAUUCCUGAAGAAAGACAACAUGCUUUUUGGGUUCCAGUUGAUCCCACCUAUUACCUUAUUGCUAAAAAACUCGAGGAACUGAAGCUAGAGUCAUGCAUUGAUUCCGACACAUGCUUGACAACAACACCCAAGGUUGUGCUAGUGGACAGAGGAACAAGUUCAGGAUUCUACCUAGACAAUGCAGCAUACAGAACCUUCAUCUUCAACAAGUUUAACGUUAGUCCAGUUGACAUGGAAAGUGCAUCAGUGGCUCUUAUAUGCUUGCAGCAAAGGGUUCCCUUCAUUGCUAUUAGGGCUCUUUCUGAUUUGGCCGGAGGAGGCACCGCGGAGUCGAACGAGGCUGAUACUUUCUCGCCACUCGCCGCCACUAACUCUGUUGCCGUGGUCAUUGAGUUUGUGAAGCUCUUGUCAGGCCACUCUAAGUGGUAAUCUUGUUAUGUGAUGUUUUCAAUAUUCCUUAAGAAGUGCAGUUAUGCACAAGUAGGCAACAACUUUGUUCUUGGUUUGGUUGUCCGGAAUAUAAUAAAGCAUAUAUGAAUGCAUUAAUCUAAA